UUGACAUUUUAGCGCGCGCUUUUCGUGUUUGGUAGUUAAUUGGCAAAGAAUCAAAUUAAUUUUAAGACAAAAAUUACGUUUCGGACAAAACGAUGGAUUCGUCUCUAGCAUUACAGAUGAAGAAGCAACGGGAAGAAAGAGAGAAAGAGAAUGAUGCAGCUAUGGUUAAUACGCGAAAAGUUAAACGUUUUAGUCAGCUCGUUAAAAAAUCACUUUUCGAUGAGAAUAGGAUCGAGAAUCCUCUCGUACUAUGUGGUCAACAGGGAGAGAAUAUAGCAGUUGUCGUCGACGAAAGGUUGUCAAAGGAGCUUCAGCAACACCAACGAGAAGGAGUUGUAAAAAUGUACAAUAUUGUGUCCGACUACCGACCAGCCGAUGUCAAGCGAAAAAUUCAGCAGGGAUUUAUUUUGGCAGACAAACAGGGUUUAGGAAAGACCAUUCAAACAUUGACAGUUGUAUGGACCCUUCUCACUCAAAGUCCCAUAUGGAAUGAAAGGGAAAAGAAGGUGGAGCCAGAGAUCAAGAAAGUGAUUAUUGUGACCCCGAAGAGUGCUGUUUCGGUCUGGAAAAACGAGGUCGCCCAAUGGCUUUCUCCGACUGGUCGUAAUGACGCAACGAAUUGGACCAUGAAUUUGGAAACGCUGGAUGAUACGAUGCGGACAACAGAAAAGAAGAGGAAUGCAGCAAUUGAAUUCAUGAAACCAACGAAUCCAAAACAAAUGCUGCUUCUUAGUUACGAUACAUUCAUCGCUUUGACGAAAAGUUAUCAAAAAGGCAACAUUGAAGUGCCAGGACCAUUACAGGAAAAUACUGACAACGUUAUUGGCCUCAUUGUUUUGGACGAAGCACAUUUAGUAAAAAAUGAAGAAACACUUCGAUUCGAUACAGUAUCUAAAUUCAAAGUUAAAAGGAAAAUUGCUUUGAGCGGCACACCGUUGCAAAAUAACUUAUUGGAAUAUCACACAUUGAUUGAUUAUGUACAACCCAAAGCUCUUGUCGCAAAGUCAACAUUUGAAAAUCGAUAUCAAAUUCCAAUAAUGAGAUACGUUGAACAGAAGAACUACAACCAUGGAAAGAAGAUGUUAGAUAAACUUAAGGGGAUUGUCUCGCCAUUCUUCCUAAGACGAACGAAAAAUCCUUUUGUUGAUGCUAAACGAAUUGAUUACAUUGUUUGCUGUAAAAUGAACGAGGAUCCACGAGAAAAUCUGCAACUCGAAUUGCACAAUGCUUUCGUGAGAGCAUACACUGCUGAUAUAACGGAUGAAAAUGGGCUUGUGAUUAAAAAGAAGAAGAAGGAAAUAAGUGCAUUCGCAGCUAUACAUUUCCUUAAAGACGUUUGUGGUCAUCCGCAAAUGGUGUAUCAAAAAUGCAAAGAGUGGAGAAAACAUCCGCAACUUGGCAAUUUGUUCGGAAUUUUUGCUGAUAAAGGUUACGUUCACAGUGAAACCGAUUUGGAAGCGGUAUUUUCGCCAAAAUUGCGAGUUUUAAAAAAUCUCUUAAAAAACAUUCAACAAGAAACUCCGGAAGGAUGGAACGAUCGGGUGGUCAUUGUAUCCUAUUACACUCACGUGUUGAAUCUGGUUGAAAAGAUGUGCAAAAAGGAGAAAUUUAAUUUUGUCAGAUUCGAUGGACAAACUACCGGAAAGAAGAGGGAAAGCUUAAUUAAGGAUUUCAACGACGCACACCGAAGAGAUCAGUUCGUCAUGACCUUAAGCAGUCGGGCUGGUGGAUGUGGUAUCAGUUUAAUUGGAGCCAAUCACUUGAUAAUGUUUGAUCCGGACUGGAAUCCGGCAAACGAUGACCAAGUGAUGAGUCGAAUUUACCGUGAUGGACAGAAGAAGAAUUGUCACAUUUAUAGAUUACUUACAACCGCCUCCAUUGAAGAACAAAUAUUUCGUCGGCAAAUUGUGAAAAAACUAAUGGCUGGAGCCGUUCUCAAUGAAGGUGAAGACAAUGGAAUCUUCAAUUUUCAUAAUAUACAACUACAUCAGAUGGAGGUAGGAAAUCUUCCCAUACCCUACAUGGAUGAGAUGGGAGACGAAAAAAAGAUAAAGGAUUUGUGUGUUGAAAUCACAUCAGAGGAUUUACAAACAUGUCUUACACACAAGUAUUUGGAUUGCAAUCGAUGUGACAUAGAAAAUCGUAAGGAGUUGCAGCAGCCGUUAGAAACGGCCGAGGUUAUGAAACACGAAGACUCGUUGGAACUUAGGCUUUGGAAUCAUAAUUUUUGUAGAGAAACACUGAAAGAUGACUGUGACGUUUUAUAUGACUCGUGGGUAAACAACGAUAUUAGCUUCGUUUUUACGAAAGAGAUUAAAAGAGAUGUGAAUGAAGAAGUUAUAGAUAAUGUCGACGACGAGGGUGUGAGUGGAGAAGUUAUAGAUAACGCCGACGGCGAGGAUUUUCUUGAUGAUGACGAGUAGAUCGUCCUCCAACUGAGGGGGAAAAAAAAAACAAAAAAAAAAUAUUUUUCACAUAUUCGUUUUAUUUUAUGUUUAUUUGCAAUAAAUUUUUC